AUGUCUGUACUCAAGAUGCGCUUUGUUCAGAGACCAAUUGGUCUUGCCACAAGACUUUACUCAACAAGUCCAGCUCUCCCUUCUCGGUGGUUUGCUGAUUUGCAGACCCAACUGAAGGAGCUAACAACCGAGCGGUAUCCUAAAGAAUGUACUGAGAAAGCGCAGAAGUUGUACGCUUUUUCGGAACAAAACUGGCUUGAACUGUUAGCUGGGCAACAGGGCUUUCUCACUGAGAAGAAAUGGCGAGGUAUCGAUAAUCACCAGUUGCUAUGGGGUGAUAUGGACAGUAUGGGACACGUGAAUAACAUCAUGUACAACAAAUACGCCGAAACUGGUCGAGUUAAAUUCAUCCAUAACCAAAGUGAAGACGCGACAGAAGAAGAAAAGUCACAAUGGCUGGACCUUCCUACGCCGCGAGGUCUUGGCCUCAUCCUCAGCAGUAUCAAAACCGAAUACAAGUUUCCUUUGGAAUUUCCGGAUCGAAUCACUGUGCUAUACAAGUUGCUCGAGUCACCCACAGCCGAGUCAACAUCGAUCAAGAAGGAAGCCUGGAUUCUUUCAGAGAAAUAUCGACGACUUGCAGCCAAAUGCACAGAGGACACUGCCAUCUAUGACUACAGAACGGCAAAGAAGUCUGUUCUCAAGCCAUUCAUGGUUGAAAAGUUUCAAAAGACGUUCAAGUUACAGCAGGAACGGGAGAAGAAGUAUACCGAGGAGGCGGAUAAGCUUAUCAAGGCUUUUGAGGAGCUAAAGUCCAAAUUCCAAUAA